GUUAGAAUUGUAGUAUUGAUUGAAAUGUUUUCGCUCAGAACUAAAGGGCGUCGUUAUUCAAGUACGUUAACAGCCUCCUCCGGUAGCGGUAGUGAAUGUUCGGUAAUUUCAGUUCCAAAAUCCAGACCUAGAAUAUUGAUUGACGGUAUAGAUGUUACCCCGGAACCAUUAUUUGUUGAUAUUGAAGACGUAUUUGUCAGUGAAUACAUACAACCAGACGUAUCUCAUGACGUGAUUUCGCGACGAAAAGCUGGAACUCUAGUAUCUAGAGCUCCUUCUCUGAAAGAAACUACCGAUUCGUAUUCAGUGGAGUAUGCAUUGCCUCAGAAACAGCCAGAGAAUGGGAGAGUAGAUUUUCAGACUUGCGAACAAAAGGCUAAUUCCGUGGAUAUGUUGUACGGAAAGAAGAUAGAUGCAGAAGAUAAACGAGUGGCCGAUCUUGCGUUGCCAGACAAAAUAGUAAUUCGUAUGCGCGAAACUCUGACGUUUUUUCUUUUGGAUGUACCUAGCACAGUAGCAGAAAGAGAUUUCGAGGAAGGGCAGCGUAUUGCAGAGGACAAUGAGUUAUACGAUUAUUUAACUAAGGGGGAAGGUCAAAAUCGGUACACCAGGGACACUGAAGUGCAAACUGUGUGGACUGUAAGGAAAAGUAAGGCAACGCUUGCACCUAUGUGUGCAAUGAGAGAUAACUUUGCCAUGGCGUCUACGUACGAUCUGUAUAAAUCUUUUGGGAACAACUGAACCUUUGAUUUUCGCUAAACUGGAAGACAGUUAAGUUCCUUAACGUAC